CAGCCGACAUGGGGCGGGGCGCCCUGGGAGCGCAGCAGCUCGGGGCGUGGUCGAGGCGUGGCCCAGCCGGCGGGAAGGCGGAAGGACUCUUUGGACCGUGAGCUCCUGGUUCUCAACUACAAGAUCCCGCAGCCCCCUGACCCCCGUACACCCGGGACUGCAGCAUGGAGGCCGGGCUGCUGUGGUUCUGCAACUGGAGCACGCUGGCCGUGUGCGCCGCACUCAAGCUGCCGCAGAUCUACGCGCAGCUGGCGGCGCGCAGCGCGCGGGGCAUCAGCCUCCCUAGUUUACUUUUGGAGCUGGCGGGGUUCCUGGUCUUCUUUCGCUACCAGUGUUACUAUGGGAACCCGCUGCUCACGUACCUGGAAUACCCCAUUCUCAUCGCACAAGACAUCCUCCUCCUGUUAUUCGUCUUUCACUUCAAUGGGAACGUGAAGCAGGCCUUGCCCUACGCCGCGGUAUUUGUGUCUUCUUGGUUCGUCCUCAGCCUGCAGAAAUGGAUCAUCGACCUGGCCAUGAACUUAUGCACAGUCAUCAGUGCGGCCAGUAAGUUCGCCCAGCUCCAGCAUCUGUGGAAGCUAAAGGACUCGGAAGCCGUGAGCGCGCUGACCUGGGGCCUCUCUGCCUACACCUGUGCCACAAGGAUAAUAACAACUCUAAUGACCACCAAUGAUCUGACAAUUCUUACCCGUUUUGUGAUCAUGCUGGCUUUAAAUAUAUGGGUGACAGCAACAGUCCUGCACUACCGGAAGCCUGCCACCAAAGCGGAAUGAUGGAUGUGUUCUUUCUACACACAGUGGACUUCAAAUGACGGAACCAGGGGAUGCACCAUUGCUUCCCAUUGCUACAUUUAAAGUCAUUUCCUAGUCAAUCAUUUCAGAAACCGCAAAUUAGGUUUGUUAGACUUGAAAAGCCUCUUAGCUGGAUAUGGAGGUGCAAACCUACAACUCCAGCACUUGGGAGUCUGAGGUAGCCUGGGCUACACAGCGGACUCAGAGCAGGAAAAAGCCACUUGUUUAAAAUUGCCCACUUCCUGUCCCCACUCCCAUAGGUUGUGGUAGGGCCUUAUACACUAGGGGGUUUUUGGUGUGUGUGUGUGGUGUGUGUGUGUGUGUGUGUGUGUGUGUGUGUGGUGUGUGUGUGUGUGUGUGUGUGUGUGUGUGUGAGAGAGAGAGAGAGAGAGAGAGAGAGAGAGAGAGAGAGAGAGAGAGAGAGAGUCAGAGUCUCAGUAUGUAGCCCAAGCUAUCCUUCCGCUUGUGAUCCUCCUUCCUCGGCCUUCUGAACACUGGGAGUGCUGGACUAGAACACACCACCACACCUGCCUUGACUCCUGCAACCAUGGGAAUUGCCCAAGGAACCAAGCUGUGGUAUAUCUGCAGCUUUCAGAGCCUUAAGCAGUCUCCCCACCAGGAGUGGGGUCUGCUCAGUCACAACCGGGCAGGUUAACCCUUCCAUGACCAGGGGCUUGUAUGUGACAGUGCAGCGCAGCAUCUGCUCAGGGCUGUCAGAGUGCACACAGACGCUGCUGGGUCUACCCACUAAGCAGUGCUCCAACCCUUCACAGUACGCCUUACGGAGUUCCCAACUGAAGCCUCCUCUGUUUAGAUGAGGGCAUCCCAACAGCCUUCCCAACUGAAGCACAACACAGACUUUUUAAAAAAGGGCUGUACCUCCGUUACGCUGCUGGGACUCAGUGUAGGUUUUAGCCGCUGGAAGGUGUGCAGUCAAGAGUAUUGCUAAGUCCCACCCGACUCCUGGGGGUUUUAGUCUUAACUAACGUAACACAGCCUAAGCACUGUCCACAGUACCUCCUCUGAUGUGUUACAACCCGAACACUUCAAAGCGCACUUGCUUCUUCUAGGUGCAUGCUAUUAUUCUGGCAUAGUGUAAGGAAUAAAUGAUGUUUAUUGGAAAAUGUUUAGUUUCCUAUAUAAAAUAAACUGUCGUUUGUUGAACUCCA